CAUCACUUUGCUGCAGUGACAUCCAGCUCUUGAACACACCCUGCUGCAGCCUCCAGAGGAGCCACACUGAGCACAUUCUGCGGUGUAUCAUCACGAGGAGAUUCGUCGAGCUGCUACAACACAGCUGAGGAUGGCUCUUAAUGAUAAAGACCCAAUACCUGCAGUGGGGACCCUCUCCCCAGGCCAACUGCAGUCCCACCUCAAGAUGGAGCCCAAGACUCUGGGGGCGAUCCAGAUUGUUAUUGGGGCUUUGAUUCUUUGUCUCAGUGCCUCUGUGCUCCAGAUCCAUGAGGUCCACUUUACAGGGGAUGUGGCCCUUUUCCUGAUUGUUGUCAUACAGGUGACCCUGUCUGGUUCUGUGUUGGUCCAUAGUGGGAGGAGACCUACUCUAAUCUGGGUGAAAUGCACGCUCGUGCUGCAUCUCAUCAGUGCCGCAUUUGCCACUGCUGCACUGGGUCUGAUGUCCAAACACCUCCCCUACCGCCAGGACUCUUACCACUGUGAACACUGUCGCAGACUGGAGCUACAUGCCGUGCUGUUGAUUGACGGGAUCCUGGGGACGCUGGUGGUCUUCCUGGUGUUGGAGCUGUUGAUCUGUAUCACUGCUAUGCUGUUUGGACUCAGUGUCCUCGCUGCUGGUGCCACUCAGGCUUCCAGCCAGAGACCUGUCUAUCCACAGACCCGCCCCCCACUUGCUCCAGCUGUUCAGGCUGCUGCAGCUGAACCAUCUCAGGUGGCUGUAGUUGUGACUGAACCAGAUUCAGAGCAGAUGGAGGACAUCUCCACCCCACCCACUGAACCCCAGGUGGAGCCUAUAGAGGCUGUGGCUACACAACCCUGAACUCAGCACUCACUGCCCCUUGUGUCAUGUCAUGUCAGACAUAGAGGGAAUAUGGAUGUCAACUAGGAAAAACUACUCCUGUCAGCCCUCUGGUCAUUAUAAUUAAGACUUGUUUAUCCUGAUGACACAUGCAUCAUCUCAGGUGACAAAGUGACUCGAAUCAGUGUAUCAAAUACUCAAUAUACCAUAUCCACAAGAUUGCCAUUUUCCUCUGAAAUCACACUUAGAGUGGGAAGCUAAAAUGCUAUUAUGGACAAAAUAAUGUUGUACUGCUGUGAUUCAGGCUUAUAAAUCAUAUAAACACAGGGAAUCUGACAAACUGUUAUAAUUUCAUAGAUCGAUAACCAAUCAGUUACUGAAAAGACAAUGGAUAUCUGGUACACAGGGGACCUGAGCGUAAUAUCAGAGGAAAGUGGCAGCGGUGUGAGUAUGGUCUAUUUGCUGCACGUAUAAAGACCAUGUUCUCAUAGUAAGAAGAAAGCAAAUGGGGUCUAGGGUAUAUGCACUUCACUAAUAGAGUGUUCACAUUUAGUGUCAAUUAGAAUGAAUGUAGAUUCUAUUUGUAACCAUGUACUAUUUUGCCUUUAAAAAGUCUCAAAUGUAUUUAACCAAAACAUAAUUCAUUGCUGAAAUAACUUGUUUCUCAGUUAUUAAAGUAACAUUGAGUUUAUAUAAUGGUAUUCUCAAGUCUUCUUAAUGCCAGUCUACAGUGAACUGAUGAAAAAGUUACAGCAGCCAAGCAAUGUUGGGAGACUCAGAAAAAACAGAUUAAAACAGAAUGUUUAAACUGUUAGCAGCAGAGGCUGAGGUAUGGGAAUAUAUAUCUAUCACUUUUCAUGGAUACAGUCAGGGAUGGGCAAAAAUACAUCAAAAUGUAUUUUGUUACAAAAUACAAAAUACCCCUCAAAUAAAUGUAUCAAAAUAAAAUACAAAAUACUGGUGCCAGAAAAUGUAACAAAAUACAAUACAUGUAUUUUGUAUUUAAAAUAUAGAAAAUACUUUUUCUGGAUUUUCCGUUUUCUCACAAUUUGGUAUAGUAGAGCAUUCAGGUUUGGGCUAUACUGUACACAAAGCUCUGCUGAACCCCACAAAAAAGGAAGAACAGUCACAGAAUGUCAGUGUUACAACAAUUUGAUUGAUUAUGUAUGUAUACAGUACUGUUCAAAAGUUUUAAGGCAGGUGUGAAAAAAUGCUGUGAACUAAGAAUGCUUUGAAAAAUGGAAGUGUUAACGGUUUAUUUUCAUCAAUUAACAAAAUGGAAAGUGAGCGAACAAAAGAAAAAUCUAAAUCAAAUCAAUCUUUGGUGUUACUACCCUUUGCCUUCAAACCAGCAUCAAUUCUCAUUGGUACACUUGCACAAAGUUAGGGAUUUGUAGGAUUAUAGUCUGGUGUAUGAUCAACCAAUUAUACCAAACUGGUGCUAAUGAUCAUCAAUUUCACAUGUAGGUUGAAACAUAGUCAUUAACUGAAACAGAAACAGCUGUGUAGGAGGCUUCAAACUGGGUGAGGAACAAACUCUGCUUCCAGUGUGAGGUUGUGAAAGACAGUUUGAUGUCACAGGUCAUAGACCAUGGCAAGACUGAGCACAGCAACAAGACACAAGGUAGUUCUACUGCAUCAGCAAGGUCUCUCCCAGACAAUGAUUUCAAAGCAGACUGGGGUUUCCAGAUGUGCUGCUCAAGCUCUUUUGAAGAAGCACAAAGAAACGGGCAACUCUGAGGAUCAUAGACGCAGUGGUUGGCCAAGGAAACUUACUGCAGCAGAUGAAAAAUACAACAAGCUUAUUUCCCUUCGAAAUCGGAAGAUGUCCAGCAGUGCCAUCAGCUCAGAACUGGCAGAGACCAGUAGGACCCAUGUACACCCAUCUACUGUCCGGAGAAGUCUGAUCAGAAGUGGUCUUCAUGGAAGAGUUGCAGCCAAAAAGCCAAACCUCCGACAUGGAAACAAGGCCAAGCGACCUAACUAUGCACGAAAACAUAGGAACAGGGGUGCAGACAAAUAGCAGCAGAUGCUCUGGACUGAUGAGUCAAAAGUUGAAAUAUUUGGCUGUAGAAGAAGGCAGUUUGUCUGCAGGCAACACUGAAGCAUGGUGGAGGUUCCUUGCAAGUUUGGGGAUGCAUUUCUGCAAAUGGAGUUGGAGAUCUGGUCAGGAUUAAUGGUAUCCUCAAUGCUGAGAAAUACAGGCAGAUACUUAUCCAUCAUGCAAUACCAUCAGGGAGGCGUAUGAUUGGCACCAAAUUUAUUCUGCAGCAGGACAACGACCCCAAACAUACAGCCAAUGUCAUUAAGAACUAUCUUCAGCGUAAAGAAGAACAAGAAGUCCUGGAAGUGAUGGUAUGGCCCCACAGAGCCCUGAUCUCAACAUCAUGGAGUCUGUCUGGGAUUACAUGAAGAGACAGAAUGAUUUGAGGAAGCCUACAUCCACACAACAUCUGUGGUUAGUUCUCCAAGAUGUUUGGAACAACCUACCAGCCAAGUUCCUUCAAAAACUGUGUGCAAGUCUACCUAGACGAAUUGAUGCUGUUUUGAAGGCAAAGGGUGGUCACACCAAAUAUUGAUUUGAUUUAAAUUUCUCUUCUGUUCAUUCACUGCAUUUUGUUAAUUGAUGCAUACUCGUGAACCAUUUUUUGAUUCGUACAGAAAGUAUUUUGAGUAUUUUAAAUACAAAAUUACUCCACUCUAAAGUAUUUUGUUACAAAUUACAUUCAAUUUUUUAUCGGCCCUAUCAAAUACAAAUUACAAAAUACUCAAAGUACUUGAAAUGCGUAUUUCAAAUACAAGUAAUAGAAAUACUGCCCAUCUCUGGAUACAGUGAGAUAUGUAUUGUAUGUUGUGAUCACAAAGGAUAAAUCAUUUGUGAUCUAUUAUUAUUAUCUACUUACAAACUCUGAAUAACAAAGCUAUAUGUGAAGCCAUUUAAACAGGAAGCACCUAUACUGAGCUCACAUUUAGAUGAAAACUGAGAUUAUUGUGGCACUGCUCUCCUCACUUUCCUGGUGAGAACUUUUGUAAAGAAGUGAUUCUAUAUCUAGCCUUCCUCUACUUUGUCACACUCAUUUCACAUACAAUUUGAGAGGCUGAGACUCGUAAUGUCAGUAUUCUCUGAAAUUUACUGAGCCUCGUGUCACAGUUUUCCUGCACAGGCUUGUUGUAUUUGUGUAAACCACAGGA